GUGGAUCCGCUGUGCGCCCUGUGCAGCCACCCGUGAGCCCCGCUCGCGCUACCCGGAAAUAUUACAAGGGCCGGAAAGGACCGAUGUUAAGGGAGCACACGUCACUCACUUUUACCCAAAAAAUAUCAUCACCGACCAUCCAAUUUGGUCUCGGCCGUUGAAAAUCUCGAGCAAAAGCUCCAAGUCGACGCGAACGGCGGACACCGAACGGCGAGGAGGCGCCCGCGGCUCGGCGUCGAUUUCUUUCGCGGAACCGUGACCGGUGAUUUCUUUUUUUUUUACGGUAAAAUGAGAGCCGGUCGAAUAUGCGAUAGAUUAUCACCCCCAUCUGCCCGGGGAGCUCAGUCCCCACUCGGUUCAUCACGUCGAUUAGAGGAAACGGUAAGAUACAACGAGCUGUAGGAUCAUCUUGGCUGAACACGGAUGAGGAAUCUUGCUUAGAUGAAGGAUAAUGUCAACGCAGUAACUCUCAAAGGAAACAAGAAGUCAUUUGAACUGCUUCUCAAUAAAAGCUACACUAAGCAUUUUUAAUAUUAGGUGGAACUCCUCUACCUGUCUUAAAGACACUUUUACCCUUUGGUCCUAAACUCGUCUUCCCGGCCACCCCACUCAUUUUGGAAGUAGAGUGUGGGCAGUGGAUAAUCAUCAGGGAGUAACGGCACCAGAAGUAAACUAUCUGGAGGGACAAACUUAAGAUUUAAGACAUUCAACUAGUUCUGGAAAAUAUAGUAGCAUAGCCUCACUGUUAAGGUACAGUUUGUCUCUCACCAGUCAGUGCUGGGAUCAUUGUUGCCGCCCCUAGUGCUGGAGGUUUGGCCCGUGCACCCCCAUGUGCCAGUGAGUGGGAAAUGUUCCAAUUUGGAAAAUACAAUCUGGACAUUAUAGAGAUGUUAAGUGGGCAUCAGGCCCACCAGUUUAAAGGCCUCGGCUUAGAUCGACAACUACAGCAUCAGCAGCAAGUGCAACUUCACCAGCAUCAACUCCAGCAGCAGCAGCAGCAGCAGCAGGCUGAGUCUUCUGGAGCUCUUCUGUCUGGACUUGGCUUGGGACCCCUGCAGGGGUCAAGAGGUAACGCCUUUUCUGAUUCUGCCUCCAUUUUUGCCAAGAUGAGUGCCCCUCCUCCCCCACCUUUACAACAACAGCCGUCCUCAUCUCAGAGCUCUCGUUCAAAGUCAAGCAAGAUGAGCAGCAGCAGCAGCAGCUCAAGCCAUUCUUCAGGCUACCCGCAGUUCCUGCGCUCUUUCCACCCGUCUGAGGCAGCACUAGCACAGGAGCAGUUACACCCAGGUGUAGGGCGUUUUGAGCACUUUGCUGGGGGAAGUAGCAGUAGUGGGAGUGCUGGGGGAUUAGGAGGAAUAGUAACAUCAGCACCUCCACCCCCCCCUCCUCUGCAUCCAGGCCUCUCUGUCCCCCAAGCAUCAUCUGGUCCCUCCUCUUCCUCUCCUUCCACUUCAACAUCCGUGGCCACCUCUAACAACCCUCCUAGCAGCAGUGCAGUCAGCUCAUUGGGGCAUCAGUUGGUUGGGGCCCAGUCUGAUGCGCGAAGCCUUCACCAACAAUUUAGUUGCAUGUUAGCUGCUAAUCAGUAUUUCCUCUCUGGGGUGCCUUCUAAUGCUAGUUUAGAGCAGUUUCUUGUUCAACAGGGAACCCAUAACCACCUAGGGCUUGGUUUAAGUCAGACAGGCGGAGAGCCCGGUUCUAGUUUAGCUCCGCCUCCCGCUUUGCAUUCAUCACACUCACAUGGCCACCCCACUCCCCAGUCACACCAGGCUCCACAGCAGCCGCCCCAACAGCAACAGCUUCCACCUCACACCCUUUCUCAUCCUCACGCUCAUUCCCAUCCCCACCACCCACUCCACCCAGGCUCCCAUUCCUCAUCACUGGGUGGCUUUGACUUCCAGGGCAUCCCUGUACUGUCGUCGAAUCAGAUAGCCUCUCUGAUGCAGCAGGAGGCAGGUUUGCCGCUCCCCUUGCCGCUCCAUUUAUCCUUAUCUAAAGAUGACGGAAAAGGGGAAAGUAGUGGAGGUGGAAGUAAUAGUAGCGGCGGCAGUAGCAGCAGUAGGAGGAAGAAAGCAAUGGCUGGCUAUUUGCCACAGAGAAAAUCUGAAAGCAGUAGUAAUAACACCAGUGGCCAUGGCCACGGUGGUAAUCCCACUAGUAGCAGUAAUGGUGGAGGGCUUAGUCAUGGUCAGCCCCCAGCUUUGAUUGGGAGCGGGGUUGGUAUAUCAAAUAUGGGUGGAGACCCAUCAUCCCUACUUGCCUCGUCAUCUUCAUCCUCAUCAGUAGUUUCUUCCUCCUCCUCCUCUGCCCGCUCUUCCACUGCUGCCUCAGUACUGGUUACUAAUGAUUCUCACCUUCCUAAAUCUGAUAACCACAGCUCAAUGCAACCCAACAACACAGAGUCUGAUUCAGAGCCUGUUUAUAGCUGUGGAGAGUGUGGCAAAAGCUUCCCUCACCUUUCAAGCCUUCGGAGGCAUUUGCGCAUGCAUGAGCCAACCACUGCAGGUACUAGCAAUUCUUCUUCCACUGGCCCAAACCCCAUUCACAUUAAAGCACUGUCUGACCCAAGCCUUCCUCAUUCGACCCAAGAAACUCCCCCGACCCCAACCAAUUCUUGUCCUAGCCCAGACAAAAUAUUUAAUUGCCCUGAUUGUGGCAAAGGCUUUAAGAAAAAGGGCCACCUCCUGCAACAUGGUGUUAUACACUCUUCAGCCCGCCCAUAUGGCUGCUCCACGUGCUCUCGGGCUUUUAAUCGUAGAGAGUCACUGACACGCCACGAGAAGAUACAUGAGGAAAAGCCAUUCCGAUGUCCCGCCUGUGGUCGUGCCUUCCGCGAGAGCACCUCUCUACUCAACCACGCUGCCUCAGGCACCUGCGGCAAGCCAGGUAGGGGACCCAAACAAAGGGGCAGCAAGACAGGAUCUGAUGGUGAGGACAGAGUCGGGGGAGAGGGUGGAGGAGGUAACGGAGGAGGGGGAACUUAUCAGAGCAAUAGAAGGGUUAUUUAUGGGAAAACUGAGGAAGAAGAUGGUGUAAUCAUUGUGGGGGAAGGAGAACCAAAAUCAGGUUUAGGAUGUGAUGGUCUGUUUCAGUCUGGAAGGGGAGUUAAUUCAAAUGACAGGGACAGAACAGAUGCUAAAUACGCCACUGACUACUCUCGGAAUCGUUACACAGGCUACCAUGAUGAUCAUCGUUCUCAAGGUAAUCCAUCUCCAUGCUACUCUGGUGCCUCUCCCUGUGGAAGUGGGAUGGCGGGCCCAGCUCUGAGAAAGGCACCCUUGGCUCCAACACUGCAUCCACACUCACAGAGCCACAACCAGCACCACCAUCCGCAGCAACAGCCCCACCUGCCCCUUUCUUCUCUACUGGAUGACUCAGAGGAUGAUGUCACUAGCUCUGUCAAUAAUGCAAUCUCUGCUAUAACAGCGGCUAGUAACAGUGGAAAUAGAGGGGAUGAUAGGGGAGACAUCAUAGGAGGUCUGCUAGGUGGUCUUGGUUUAGGUCCUCUGGGCUCACCUUCAUCAACAUCUGGUUUAGAUAAGAAUUUCCGAGGUGGUGGGAGCCAGGAGGCUAUGAGCAGCAACCCACAGAACCCUACUGCCAAACCAAAACGUCCCCGUAAACCCCGAGCUAAGAAGGAUCCGGCAGCCGGUGGACAACCCCCCAAACGCAGGCAAUACACCCCCAGAAUGGGCCCCAGUGGCCUGCCACGCACUCACCUGUGCAGCGUCUGUGGGAAGGGAUUUGCACGUCGCGAGACCCUACGCAGACACGACCGCAUCCACACAGGAGAGAAGCCCCAUCACUGCACUGUUUGCGGGAAGUAUUUCAGAGAGGCUUUUCACCUCAGCAAGCAUCAAACAGUCCACUCUGGGGCUAAGAAUUACAAAUGCAGCAUCUGUGGGAAAGAGUUUGGUUACUCCCAGAGCCUCAGGAGGCACAGUAAGCUCCACCAGAAAGGGGAGCUGGAAGAGGUGCCCACAACACCAGCUGCGGAUAACCUCAACAGCUUUAACCCUAACCCUCAAUGUAGCGUGGCCCAAGACAGGAGCCAGAACCAAGCACCAAGCACUUCCUCCUAUUACUCCUACCCGCAAGAUGUCAAGCCUCAAGACACCAACCCCCAGUCGCAGCCUCCACCCCCACCUCCGCCUCGACUCUACACCUGUGCUAUAUGCUGGAAGUCCUUCCGCCACCACUUCCACCUGACCGCCCAUCACCAGACGGUCCACGAAGGUGGGGGCGAAAAGCUCUUUUGCUGUGAGUUAUGUGGAAAGGCAUUUGCCUACUCCAACAGCCUCACCCGGCACAAGCAAUCGCAGCAUGGGUUGACCCGCGCGGACGGGCCUAAUCCGCAAGAAGGCAACAGUGGCUCUGGAGACAACAGGGGUGGCAGUGAUGUGAACCAGUCGACAUCAGAGAGCGAGGCUGCCACCAAUGCCCUGCUGCAGAUGGCGCCUUCCACCGAAGGCCACGUAGGGCAGAGUCUUAGUGUCGUCACUCAUAGCCACCAGCAGCCACCCCCGCAACCACCGCCGGGUUACUCUCCUCUCUUUUAUGACGCUGCGGCCCAAUCGUCAGCCUCUAAUGCUCAAGCUUACUCUCAGCCUCUGCCUCCAAACUCUACAAUCAUGGCCCCCCAGCACCCGCAUUCCCCGGCCGGGGUCAAAGGAGAGCACAUAUAUCCAGCUGGGUCCCGCAGCCGCACGCUCCACACCACAGCCCCGUUCCAGCCCCUUACGGAACUGCCCUCCACCGAACAUCAUCACCUGCAUCAUCAUCAUCAUAUCUCCCACCAUCAUCUCCAUCAUCAGUCAAGUACCCAGUCCCACCAGCACCUCGACUGCAACAUCCAGUUGUCACAUGAUGACAUGAGGCAACACAAGAAGAAAAAAAAAAAGUCCAACAGGAGAGAAUGGAGGGAAAAUAAAUGGGAUAACCAAGAUCUAGUCAGAUUGGAUGGAAACAGAAAGAAGAGAAAGAUAAGUUGUACAGUGAGAAGGAAAAUUAAUAAAAAACAAGGUUCUCUUCGUUUGACAAUUAGGCGAGGAGAAGGAUCAGGUAGUGGUGCGUAUAAGCUUGUCAACACUGGGGGAAUGAAGGUGCAGAUCCUCUCGUCUCUCAAAGUCCCCGUGAAACGUUUCGGCUGCCCCAUAUGCCCCAAUUCUGUGUUUUCCCGUAAAGCGGGACUGCUGGUCCACAUGGCAGUUAAACACCCGCAGAAAGCCUCGACCACUCAGGAGCGACUCAGGUGCAGCGUCUGUGGCAAGCAGUCUCACAGGGCUUUGUCGGCCUUCAUCCACCGGGCCUCCCACCGGGCCAGAGGGACGUUCUCCUGCCGACGCUGCGCCACUCGCUUCUGGAACGCCACGUUGCUCCUCAGGCACAAGGUGUCCUGCCGCCGCAGGGCCAAAGGACUCCAGCGAGGAGACGCUAACAGGCUGAAGCUUUCAAAGAGGCCAGGAGAGAGGCCGACCCAAGGGGGUCAGGAGGAGUUCCCGUAUCUACAGGGGCCCUAUAGAUACUGAGCGUCCCGGUACCAGUAAAGCGUGGCACACCAGUGUGAUAUUUCAAUUUCAAAAAUGGGAAGGCGAGGAAAAAAAAAAAAAAAAGGGACAUAAAAAGGCAAAUGCUGCCUUUUAGGAUAAUAUUCUUUGGUCUCUGUUGACAUCUACUCGCUGACUUUUAGAAUGAGUGUGGUAACAACUGCUGUAGAGCAUCCUAUAAAAUUUCAACAGAAAUCCUUCCAGAUUAUAUUGGAAGGUGUUUUCAAAGACGUGACUGUUUCCAUAGGUUCAUUAACCCCUUAAGUGCAUUGACACUAUGCUUGACUGACACUGUGCAGUUACUAGACAAGUUUAGGUGAAAUUACCUGCUAAUGUACUUCUCUCCUUCGUAACUAGACUCCCUGCUGCACCUCCUGCUGUAUGAUAAACGUCUCUGCUGUGUAUUUUGUCUUGUUGGUUGUUCACUUAGAGGCUCUAAGGAUCUUUUUUUCUUUUUUUUUAACAAUGUAAAGUGCAUUUAUUAGGAGUAGGGACAUGAGGACAAAGACCUUUUGUUAAUAGUUUGUCAGUGCAUGUUUGUUCUCUGGUUUUUAGCUGAGGUUGUGAAAUUGCUCCUACAGUAUGUGAUGGUUUAUUCAGUACAUGCCCAAAAGUUUGUAGUGUUAAAACGAUAUAAAAGUUGCUCACAUAUAGAUAAAAUGUCUAAGUUGCUGGUAAUUAGCAUUUCAAGGUUCCCUCUCCCGCCAAAAUGAAGAAACUUACAAAAAGCCUUGCUUAGUAUGUUCACUCACCACUCAUUUGCGAUAUUCCUAGCUUUUAUACCAAGAGACUGAAAACAGGUUAAACAAGUGGACUGUAACACAUGUUUAUCUCAUGUUAUUUGUAUGCUCUUUUUGGCAGUGAUUAUUUCUACAGUACUUUACGGUGUGUUAAAGACAAGGACCUAUAUCAUGAUAGAAACCAAUUUAAUAUUCCAUGUAUUUAUGUGUGUAACCCAAUCAGUCUUCAUGCCAAUCUUAUACUUAACCCCUUCUACUGUUUUACUUUUUGCUCAGUUGCAAUCAUGUUCUUACUGUUUAGCCUUUUUUUCUUCCGAAGUUUUAAGUACAUCAUGUCACUUUAUUCACAUAUGAAAUGUUCAUACCCCUGUCAAACUUUUUCUUUUUUUUUUCUUCUAAAGAAAAAUGAUAGUUUUAGUAUAUUUCUAUCACAUUAUUUACUGAAAAGUCAGUAGUUGAUUAUAUUUCAGCAAUGAAUAAACCUUAAGUGUAAUCA